AUCCGCUCAUCCCAUUGGUUGAUAAGGCGGGACUUCCGGCAUCGCAGGUUGGACCUAAAGUGACAAACUUCACCUCCUUAAAAUUGGAAGAAAAUCCGAAGGACGACGCAUUACAAGUUUAAAAACAAUUGUAAUGAUUUUCCAGCAUGGACGACAUAAACCUUCAUUAUCGCUUUCUGAACUGGAGGAGGCGAAUUCGAGAAAUUCGUGAAGUGCGAGCGGUGCGAUACCGUGAGCAGCUGAAGAAGAUGCUGAGAGACGGAGACAUACUCAGGUAUCAUGGGAAUUCAGAUGAAGUUGGCUGUUUUGUGGCGGCCAGGCCAUUGUCGAAGAGAAACCACUAUUAUGAAGUGACCAUCGUUGAUACAGGAGUGAGGGGGAUGAUCGCUGUUGGUUUAGUGCCACAGCACUACAAGCUGGACCACCAGCCGGGCUGGCUCCCGCAGUCUGUGGCUUUUCAUGCUGAUGAUGGAAAACUGUAUAAUGGAAACACAGUAGGACAGCAGUUUGGUCCAAAAUGCUGCAGAGGUGACAGAAUAGGUUGUGGAAUAUCUUUGGACUCUGAUGAUGGACAGUUAACGGUGUUUUUUACCAAGAAUGGAAAAGACAUCGGCAGUGUUGAAGUCCCAGAGUGUCCUGAUGCUCUGUACCCUGCUGUGGGGAUGCACUCUCUCGGAGAAGAAGUGAUGCUGGACCUGAACGCCGAAUGGGGAAUGGAUGAGGAUGAUGGACAGAUGAUAGUAGACAGUCAUGAAGAGGACUGGAGCCGUCUCCAUCACGUCAAGGUGACCGGCACGCUGCUGGAAUAUGUGGGCAAAGGACAGAGAAUCGUGGAUGUGGGCUUAGCUCAGGCCCGCCGACCUCUCGACACACGCUUCCACUACUACGAGCUGGAGAUCACAGACACCGGAGAGAAGUGUUACAUCGCCCUGGGGUUGGCACGCAGGGACUACCCCAAACGCAGACAUCCAGGUUGGAGCAGAGGCUCCAUUGCCUAUCAUGCAGACGAUGGGAAAUUGUUCCAGGGCAGCGGGGUCGGAGACCCGUUCGGACCGCGCUGCUUUGAAGGCGACAUCAUGGGCUGUGGGAUCAUGUUUCCACGAGACUACAGCCAGGAUUCAGGAGAUGACAUGGAUGACUGGGACCUUGAGGUGUCUCCAAAGCCUGCCAAGGUUCAGAAUGACCUUUAUGCAAACAAUGAUGAUGAGGACGAUGAGGGAGAAAAUCUGGAUGGGAGGAAAGUCACGGUGUUCUUCACCAGAAAUGGGAAAGUGGUGGGCCGGAGGGAGAUGGCCUUACCUGAAGGAGGAUUGUACCCCACGAUUGGCAUGCUAAGCACAGGGGAGAAGGUGAAAGUGGACCUGCACCCUCUCAGUGGUUGAGCGGAGAGGAGGUAAUGAAAUCCCAGUGCUGAAAUCAGAGCAAGGACUUACAUGAAGCUCUGCUACAUUUUGGAGAUAGGACAAAAUUAAUACCUCCAAAUCAACAGGCUAAAAGAUACUACUUGAAAAGUCACUCCAGUGUAACUGUUUUUUCCAAGAAUGAAUCAGAAAAGCUUAUUUUUAUAUGACAUGUGCCUCUGAGACGUGCUUUAUAAUUAAACAGUUUUACAGAAAAAGAGAGACACUUUUUUUGACUAUCUUAUCACAAAAAAAUAACAUAAAAUGCCAAAAAAAAAAAGGUCUCACCA